UCUCAGCGCCGAGCGUAAAUGCGCGUGCCAAACUACGGAAUGGUACAUUUACUUCUGCGACGAAACUGGAUCGGCUCGAUUCGUAUAGCGCUGACUCUCUUCGGACUCCCGUUUACCGUCUGCAGCUCCGGAGUCAGGCCCGCAAUCUCCUGCGCACCUUCCCAUCCUUUCAGAUUUACUAAAGCCAUCAGCCCCACCAGUACCAGUUGCUGCAAACUUUACACAACCAGUGUCAGGACGAUGCCAUCCGCAGCAGCACUUCACGUGAAGUCCAGGUCGGCACAGUAUCCAGGAUCCAAAAUCAAGCGCUUCUCGGUGCCCGAUGACAAGGUGGACUGGAGUCAGAAGUGGCCGCAGUAUAAUCCGGUCAACUAUACUGAUCCUGCAGUUUUAAAGAAGCCAGUAUGGGCAGAUCCCGAGAUUGGGGACUUUUGCUUGUUUUUCAGCGUUUUUGCUCCGAAGUUCAACACUGUGGAUGGCGCCGUGGACAGGACAGGCUUUGAGGGCACCUACAAAAUUGAAAAUGGAAAGCCACUAAAUCCUCAUGGACGCACAGGGGUGACAGGGAGAGGUUUGCUUGGACGAUGGGGACCCAAUCACGCAGCAGAUCCUAUUGUCACGAGAUGGAAAGUUGAUGCCAAAGGAGCAAAGAUACUUCACUCUGUCUCCAAACGGCCUAUUCUGCAGUUUGUGGCCAUCAAGAGGAAAGACUGUGGGGAGUGGGCCAUUCCUGGGGGGAUGGUAGAUCCAGGGGAGCAGGUUUCUCUCACGCUGCAGCGAGAGUUCUCAGAAGAAGCAUUGAACUCGCUUUCAGUCCCGCCAGCAGAGAGAGCAAAAAUUCACGAGCGCAUCAACAAACUCUUUAAAUCACCAGGAUUUCAGGUCUAUAAAGGCUAUGUCGAUGAUCCUAGAAACACUGACAAUGCUUGGAUGGAGACAGUUGCUGUCAACUUUCAUGAUGAAUCAGGCAACAGUGUGAGUGAGCUGCGGCUGCAAGCUGGUGAUGACGCAGGACAAGUUAAAUGGGUUGAUGUUGACUCGUCUUGUGCCCUCUAUGCGAGUCACUCCCAUUUCCUGGAGCUGGCUGCCAAAGAGAGGAAAGCCCACUGGUAACCAAGGACAAAAGACUGUUCUGAUAUAACAUUGAAGGAAAUAUUUAGAGCUUUAUUGCGGUUUCUGUUCUGCGUGCUCGUCACUUCAUGAAGCAUGAUGCCUUAUGUGAAUGUCCUAUCACUAUGUUCAUCACAGUCAAAAUAAUUAGAAACAUAAUAUGCAUCUCAUUAGUUUAAUGCUCAUGUAUACACUGAAACAGCCACAACAUUAAAACCACCUGCCUGAUAUUGUGUGGGUCUCCCUCAUGCCUCCAAAAUCUCUCUGACCCAGCAUGGAUUCUCUAAGAGCACUGAAGGUGUCCUGUGGCAUCAGGCACCAAGGAGUUAGCAGCAGAUCCUUUAAGUCUUGGAAGCUGUGAGGUUGAGCCUCCAUGGAUUGUUUUCCUGCACAUUCCACAGAUGAUCUGAUUCUGGAUAAUUUGGAGGCCAAGUAAACACCUUGAGCUCUCAUUUUAAAACAAUUCCUGAACAAUUUUGAGGCAGAGUGGAUUAUCCUGCUGAAAGAGGCCAUUGCCGUUAGGGUAUACUGUUGACAUAGGGGGGGCUAUGUGAUCUGCUGCCAUGUUUAGGAGGGUGGUACAUCUCAAAGUAACAUCCACAUGAUUGUCAGGAUGCAAGGUUUCCCAGCAGAACAUUACUCAGAGCAUCACACUGCCUUCACCAACUUGCCUUCCUCCCAUCGUGCAUCCUCCUGCCAUCUCUUCCCAAAACAACACACACAUUCCGACUUUCCACUGGAUUCAUCAGACCAAGAAGCUUUCUUUCGUUGCUCCAUCACCUAGUUCUGAUGUCACAUAGUCUGCGGCUACAUAGCGCCAUACACAGCAAGCUGCAAUGCAUCAUGUGUUCUGACACCUUUCUAUCAUAGCCAGCAUUAAGGUUUUCUGUUAUUUCUGCGUGAUGGGACCACAUGGCCGAGCCUUUGACCCCCACACUCCUCAGUGAGCCUUGGGCACCCACAAACCACAGGACCUUCUGUGUUGGAGAUGCUCUGACCCAGUAUUAUUGACAUCAUAAUGUAGCCCUUGUCAAAAUUGCUCAGAACCUUAUGCUUCCCAUUGUUCCUAUUUGCUUUCUGCUUAGUAUGCUUGACAGCUGACACUGUAAAAAGAUAACCAAUGUUAUUCACUUUACCUUUCAGUGGUUUUAAUGUUGUGGCUGAUCCAUGUACUGUAUUUCCACUAUAUAGUCUGCAGCAACAUUGAAGAACUUGUGAAAUGAGUGAAACUAUCAGGCUGAAAGCAUAUCGGCUGUUUUUCCAACAGUCUUAGAACUGCUAUUUGGGGGGAAAAAGCAUGAAAAAAAAGAAGAGAAGAACUGUACAGUUUCAUUAAAAAGCUUUUGACUCACUGCUUGCAAGGAGCUUAAGACAAGUCUGCCAGGACAAGUGUGGUCACAUUGCAUCCAUUUGCGCAUAUUAGAGUAAUGUAUUCAAUGUUAACAAGGAUCACAUUAACCUACCAUGAUCAUGCAAGAGCAAACACAAUGAGCUGCCGAACAUAGCACAUACUUUAUUCAUUUAGGUGUGAUAAGGAGGCAAAGUGGAGUGUGACUUGGAUCUUUACAUGUGAAAAGAGUAUGAUGAUGUGCAUCGAAGCUGAGCACAGACCGAACCGAAAACUAGCAGACAAGCAUGUUUUCGAGCGGUAACAGACGGUGGAUGCAAAAGGACAUUUCACACUCGACAGCCUGCCUUUCCAAAUGUUCACAUCAGUAGGUGUCAUCUCACUGCAGGGGAUAUUUAUCAAUGAGGCAGCGAUGAAAGGGCUUAUAUCUGUUAGGAUUCCUGAUAAAAACAUUAACACAUAGAAGCCUCUGUCAUCUGAAGGUAGUCAACAACACACGACCAAUCUUAAAGUAGUUAAAUAAAAGGAAUAAUUGCUGCAUGAUUUGCAAAAUAGCAUGUUUGUCUUCAGGCUGAUUGUACAAAUCUAAUAAGAUGUGAUAUAAAUUCUGAUUAGUGUGAACUUCCACAAGGCACUUAUGGAAAAAAGAGAGAAGAAUGUGGCUGUAAUUGGGUUUAUCAAGAAGGAAACUCUUACAAAAACAAAAAAAAAACUUUCAUUAAAUUAAACCCACAACACUUCUAGGAGGCGCCACAAAGCCUGUAAGCCCCACCGAUUUGCUCUCAUUGCUGGUCAGGCCACAACAUUUGCCUCUUUGACAUGUAGUAAACUGUUCUAAGGUGUGAUCCCAGCAGCAGCGUGUGCGUAAGUUCUAUUGUUCAAAGCUCACUAUAAUAGAUCCAUUAUAUAACCUAAUCUCAUAAUUCUUCACACCCAUCUAGGAGCUCAUUCAGCUCUAGUAAGUUUCCCAGUGCAGCCAGGCUACUUUCCUUCACUGCUGGAGCAUUUACAGUAGGAGCACUAAUAGCAUUUGUUGUUGUGGGAAGGGAGAGUAUUUCCCAUCCAGAUUUCCCCAGAUGUACCACUUAAAUUGGCAACCUUCCAGUGACAAAAUCCUCCAACCUUUGGCUCUAAAGCUCUGGUUUUAUUACAUUUUUUUUCCUGCCUAAAGUGGUUUCAGGCUUGUGGUUAGUAAAAGGCAAAAGUAAAUAACUGGUAGGUUGACAGAGCUUUUUCACUGAAAUGCUGCACAGCCAAAUGCUGAAUCAUUGUAGUUACUUUAAUUAGCAAUAAUGAUUUACUAAUCAAAUUUAAUUUUCUGUAUGUAAGCUAACAUGUGAAAUUGAAGCCAAAGGUGUUUGUUUACGAACCCUGCAUUAAUUUUGUUUUUGUCUGAUAACGUGCUUCCUUCUGGAUUACUUGAAACUGUAAAUCAUUGUGAAGGCUUGAGUUGAUAUAAGCGGUUUUCCUCAUAAAAGUUGCAUCAUUA